AUGUCGCACCCGACACCGCCGUACAGCGAGACCGACCAGAUGGACCAACAGGGCAGCAGACAGCCAGCACAGCAACAGCCGCAAAGGGAAACACAUCCGCCCAAGACCGAGACGGAAGAGAAGAUUGAGAAGGAAACCCCACGGUUGAAUCCGGAUGCUUCCUUAUCCGCAUCCGACACCAAUACGCGAUAUGAAGAUACGAAGAAGCAUGUAGCGAAAAGAAGUAAGCGGCACGACGAGCCUAAAACCUCCGGAGGAGGACGGCAACAGCGACAAAAGCGUGAGCAGCAGCAGCAGGUCGUACCGCAAAAUCAACAGAAUCAACAAGUACAGAAUAAGAGCAGCAGUGGAGCUCCUUCGGUGAAGUUGGAUAUGGACCUGGACGUCGAUAUUGAUCUGAAAGCGAAGAUUCAGGGUGACAUAACUUUGUCUAUAUUGUAA